AUGGAUCCUUUACAAUCAGAACAAGUCGGACAACAUUUACCAACUGUCAUUGAAUAUCAACCAUCAAUUUCAAUAAAUAAUAAUGAUUUAGUUACAAAAAAUGACAAUAAUGAUGAUCAUCAAGCACAAAUACGUCGUCGUGCACCAACAAGACAUUCAAUAAAAUCAUUACCAGGUCGAAAAAUAUUAUCAAGACAAACUUCAGUAAAUGAGAGUAAACGAAAAUCAAAUAAAAAUCCACCAACACCAAUAAGUACAUCAAAUGAAACAAAACAUUUUCAUUAUGUACCAAGUGUUUCACAAAUUGCUCCACUUCCACAAAAUAAAUCUCAUGGCAUAUUACCAGUUUUAAGUCUCGAUGGACGUGAUGCACCAAUUUCGAUGCAGUCAGAAACAUCAGAAACUGAUUUAACAUCAAAUACAACAACUUCAAAUAAUGAAAAUGCCCGACAACCGCAUCGCAUUUGUCUUGAUCCAACAACACGACGACAAUAUUCAUAUUCACAAAGUUCAGUCUUAUCUGAAGGCAUAUUAGUGUAUGGCGUUUAUUUGAUUCUGGAACCAAUUCAAAUGGAUAAAAACGUUUUAUCAAAACCUGUACCAGGCAUCUAUUCAACUUCAUUAGUUGAUGUCAAUCAUAGUAAUGUAACGACAAUGUAUCAUCCACUAAAACAACAAAUAAAUCCACAUGAAUUAACUGUUGAUUCUCUAACACCAUAUAAUUCUCGAUCACGCGCUAAUUCAAAUAUAAUUGAAAGACGUUUUUCAAAUGUUGAACAACCAAUACAAAUAUUUGAACUUGAAAAUCAAUAA